AUAAGAAGAGCGUGGAAUCACGCACGGAUCAUACCUUGGAAAUCGGUGACAGAUGCCUGAAGAUAGUCGUCCAGCUGGGAGAAGGGGACCCAAGCAAGAGCCAGAUUUCAGAGCAGGCCUCCCCCAGCUACUCUGUCCCUUCCAGCCCUUCCCCACCUCUGGAAAGGUUCGAGGAGCAGCUGGCAGCCAAAGGCCAUGGAGACACGGCAAGAGAAGUCAUUACCAAAAAGAUAUUUCUUACGGUGUCUGCAACUUUGAAUACCAGUAUAUUCACUGAACAGCAAAGGCAGAAAAUAACCAUUAUAUGUCCAAAUUUAAAAAGAGAAGGAAAUCCUGAUAUUGAUGGCUCUGAGAAGUUGACAGGAGAUUUUACAGAUAUUGAAAAAGCUUACCACUACUUUAGGGCUAUCCUUGAAGGCAAUGACCCAGACCCUGAUUUUUCACACUCUGAAAGUAAAAAUGGUUUGGAAGAUCAAAAUGGUCUGAAUACAGAAGAAACGAACGAGCUUAUAGUUCUGUCAGCUCUCUAUGAAUAUUUCAGUCAUGCCUGCAAAGAAGAAAUCGGAGCACUACGUGAACGUUUUGGAGUGUGUAUAAGAAGUAAAGAUCUUGACAAUGGAACCACAUCAAUACGCCUCACUUCUGAUAAAAGUCCUGCAUCAAUACCAAAAGCUAAUGAAUUUUUUAUCAGGACUUUUCAAAAAAGCGUAGAAGAUCUGAAACAGGAAAAAAUUCCUGUAACAAACAGUUACACAUUAAAUGAGACAAUUAUGAAAUUAAAUGCUAAGUUUAGUAAUCUUCUUGCCAAAGAGGAAGGGAAUCAAUUGCUACUCCGUGGUCCAGCGCGUGAGAUUUUAGCUGCCAAAAAAUUUCUAGCAAAGGAAGUUGAGAACAGACAAGCUGAAAAGAAUAUGAAAAUAUCAUCUGAACUGUACAGAUACAGGAAUGGAAUUGAGGUUGAUGCUUCUGUAUUUAAAUUGUUGGAAACCAUAUUAAGCAAAGAAAUUGAAGACAUUAAAGACCAAUUUGAUACAGUAAUAGAAAAGAAACACAUUAUGUUUGGCCAGAAGAUGUUCCUAAUAUUUAGGCCUAGGAUCAAAACUUCUGAUAUGUCUUCGCAUGCUACUGAAAGCUUCAUCAAUGCAUUUCAGAAGUCCUUGGCACUGUUAAGAGAAAAACUUAUCAGCUGGAAGCUUUCAGAAGAUCAGAAGAAAAGAUUAACUAUGCUACUUAAUGAAAAACAAUGGGAAGAUCUGCAUGUAAAACUUAAGAAGGAGGAAGACAAAUUCAUCUUAAGUGGUUUACCAGACAAUCUUGAUGCUGCUGAAAAGCACAUUAUGAAUCUUCUUAACGUUGAACACUCAACACGAACUAAAAAUAGGGCACUACUGUCCUCUAAUCUCAGCUAUCCAGAAGCUACAGGAGCAUCUGAGAAGAAAUACAAUGGCAGGCGAAAGAAUAAUCUUUCUCCCAAAGGACAGGUUAAGGCAAAGACAGAAGAAGAAGACGAAGAUGUGUGUCCUAUUUGCAUGGAUACAGUUAAUAAUAAAGAAAUACUGAGAAAGUGCAAUCAUGCAUUUUGCAAAAGUUGCAUCGACCAGGCCAUGAGUUAUAAGCAAAUGUGUCCUGUUUGUAAUACUGUCUAUGGAGUCGUGGAAGGAGACCAACCAGAGGGAACGAUGUCAACAGCAAUGAUGUCUUCAUCUCUCCCUGGUUUUCCCAGAUGUGGUACUAUUGAGAUUACAUAUAGGAUGCAAAGUGGUAUUCAAACUAGCAACCAUCCAAACCCAGGGAAACCUUAUUCUGCGACUUUUCGAAAAGCGUAUUUACCUGACAAUAAAGAAGGGCGAGAAAUUCUGCAGCUCCUCAAAAGGGCCUUUAGCCAAAAAUUGAUUUUCACAGUGGGGCAGUCACGUACUACUGGUGAACAAGGUGUUAUCACAUGGAAUGAUAUUCACCACAAAACUUCCAUUUAUGGAGGACCUACCAAUUUUGGUUACCCUGAUCCGGAUUAUCUGAAGCGGGUUCGAUCAGAAUUGAAAGCAAAAGGAAUUGAAUAA